AUGGUGACCCGGCGUCGGGUCCAAUCAAUUGCGAUCCGAUUCUAUCCCCCUUCAUACGACAUCCGCGUGGAGAGCGUGCCUAUGCCACAAAUUACCCACUCGGACGAUGCCAUCGUAAGAAUACACCUAUCCGGCUUGUGUGGUAGCAGUCUUCAUGUGUACAGAGGACACGAAGCCGUUGAUAAAAUGCGAGUCUAUUUUUCCGGUGCAUAUCAUACCUGCGGUCAUGAGUUUAUCGGACAAGUUGUCAAAUUGGGAUCGAGCUUCAGUGUACAUACUCUCAGACUUCCAUCACUGUAUGCAAAGCUAAAGACUGGGGAUAAAGUUGUUUGCCCCUUCCCUACCAGUUGCGGAGUAUGCCAAGUAUGUCGAUCAGGAUUUACGUGUCGGUGCAUCCAGAGCAAACUGUUCGGUUCUCCCGCCUUGGAAGGUGUGCAAGCGCAGUACAUUAGGGUACCGAGCGCGAGCGGGACGCUAUUCAACCUCAGUGACCCGGAUGCAUGGCCUUUGUCGAAGCUCAAACAAGUUUCUGAUAGUUCAUUGCUUCUUCUCGCCGAUAUCCUCCCCACUGGAAUUUUCGCCGCCAUUCAAGCAUUGAGCCACUCCAAAGUGCUACCCGUACCGGCGGCGGAGCCUUGGCCACCGCACGGCAAAGCGUCUAAGAAUAUUCCAACAUUUGCCAUUAUAGGGCUUGGUCCUGUCGGAUUCUGCGCAACCAUAAGAUUUAAAAUCAUAGCCGUUGAUCCUAUUGAAUCUAGGAGGAACAAGAUGCGUUCUAUCUAUUUUGAAAUAUCUGACUUAGGAGUUAGUCAAGAGAUCUUCGUGGUUCAGUCUAUCGAGGAAGUAAAAGAAACAGUACAUACCUGGACUUCUGAUGUGGGGUGUUCUGCCGUAUUAGAGGUCGUCGUCGGCAACAACAGCGCUCUCACACUGGCCUACGAGCUUGUGCAGCCAUUUGGAUCUAUGUCCUCUGUUGAUGCGCAUGGAGUACAUCCAUUCCCAUUGACCGGAGGACAACUUUAUGACAAGAAUGUAUCGUUUGAUUUUGGGCGUUGUCCCGUUCGUUCAUUGUUUCCUAUGGCAUUCGAACUUUUAAGUGACGAAAGCAGUUUGAUUGACAGAAUCGUUGGUUUUGACAAGGCAGUGGAGAUGUAUGCCACGUUUGAUAAGGGUGAGGUUGGCAAGAUCGUGUUUAACCCUUGGAAGGAAACAUAA